AUGGCUCGUAGUUCUCGCAGUUCGAAAUCUUCUAAGACUCCCAAAACUCCUACCAAAAGCAAAGCAGAACCAUCGGAAGAAGAACAUCCAACUGAAACGAGAAGGAAGUCUCUUCGAUCAGGUUCGAAAGCGCCUUCUCCAUCUUCCUCAAAAGCUCCAUCAAAUCCAGCACCUAAAACUACAGUUGCUACUCGUUCAACCAGAAAGCGUCUCUCUGUUUCCAAUGAUGAUCAAGAAGUGCCGAAAGUUGUCAGUCAUCAGGUAGAAGCAGGCGCAAAACGGCGUCGAACUGGAGUUUGUACUUCGCCUAGUCCUGAAAACCCUCCAAAACCCAUUGGUUCGGCAUCUGUUCGAAAAAGACGAGUUGUUCAAUUAGAGUCUCCUAGCUUUAUAUCUCCUUCUCCUGCUUCUAAAAGAGCCAAAGUCACUUCUCCACCUCCUGCAGAAUCUACACUGGUGCCUUCAACUACACCGAAAACUAGAUCAACUACUGUGAUGAAACGUCGGCAUCGGCAGAAGUCCUCUUCUGAAUCGGAGGCCAGCCAGAGCGAUCGAGAAGAGGACAAAAAGAGUACGCCUUCUCAAAGCAGUAUAGGCUCAACUCAACAGAAGCGUGGAGCAAAAAGAAAUCGAAAAACUCCCGUUAAAUGUCCCUCUCCAGUUUUAGAGACAAAGAAAUCAAUUGCAUCUGCAAAAACGAAGUCGACACCUCUACGAAAUCAAACAGCAAAAGCCAAAAAUGAAGGUGUGGUGGUGGUUAACCCAGAUUCGGAGAAUGGAAGCAAGGAGAAAGAAAAGUCUCCGGUCAAAAGAGAAGUUGCAAAAUUAAAGAAACACGAACCCAUUAGACCUCCUAUGACAAAAAAGGAAGUUGAGACAUUGCAACGCAAGCUACUCUUCUCGCGUCUCGUUCACGACGAUCUUUCCGAUCUGAUUAGCUUCUCUGAUCUGCUGUCUAAUUGGCCAGAAGCAGAAUUGAGUAAUCCAGUGACGGAUUCGCCUGCUCUACAGAUAAUUCCAGCUUCUCAUCGACUUUGGGUUUCUGGGGUAACAAAUCCUUUGACUGUGAAUGGUGAUAGUUUUGAUGGUCCUGUUCCCUUGGAUACGAAGGAAUCUGUAGAAUUGGAAGUACCGAAAGCGAAACGAGCUCGACGAAAUAUUUCGCCGGAAAAUAAUGGAAGUGUAAGUAGGGAAUUAGAGAAGGACACAGUUUCGACUGUGGAUAUGAUUUCCGAGAUCGAACAGCAUCAGAGAUUGUUGGAUACCUUCUGUGUUGCUUCCUUCACAAUUUCUCCCUUAAGAGGUGACCAGGAAAGAGACUUGGAAGGCGAAUUUAGUCAAAUUAUGGAGGAGAUCAGGGCCAUUAUUCCGGACGUCUUUUGCAUCAAACAGCUGCCAAGCGCUUCUGCGGCCACACAUUUGAAGUCCGAAUUAGACUGUCAUGGGUAUCAAUGCUCCGGAUGUAGUGACACUAAUGGGGUGUCGCAGUCUUUCAUUUUUUUCAAUCGCGACGUCUUCACUGAAGUCUCCACCCAUCGACGUGCUGUACAGUCCAUGGCCCGAAAUUUAGUGGAACAGAGUGCCUAUCCUCAGCUAUGGCGUGAUACUCUAAUUGAAUCACUUACACCGAUCACAGGAGCUGGUGAUUCCAGUAAUCAAUCGCAAUUACUGGUUUCAGUAUUACGUCAUACAUCUACUGGAUCCCUUUUACUCUUUGCCUGUCUCGCAGAUCGUCGUAAAAACGAAAAUGGAGACAUCUUCCGCUCAUCAGUACUACCAGAUACAAGUAAAAACUCAAAUAUCUCCAUUCCACAUGUCGAGGGUGGCUGUGUCAGCAGUUGUACCUCAACAAUUACUGUCUCUGUCGCUGGGCGUCAUUCUCCCAAAAGUUUUAGCCCUGCUGAUGCCAUAGGUUGUGAAUGGUGUCCACGGACCCUAGGUUCAAGACCAGAUUUGGCUGCCAUAGACGCCACAGGCUGCAUGUGGGCUCUAAAGGACGUUUGGGACGAGGUUUUGGAAUCCGUCAAAUCUCUCGUCAAUGGUGGAUUAAAUGGGUAUUCAUCUGUAUCCACUAUGAGAUGGGUGCUCUGUGCAAAUUUGGAGGCUUCGCCUACUUCACCAGUGUAUCAAAUCAUUAGAGAUGGAUAUCCUUCGGAUGAGAGUAUCACGCGGCUAAGAGCAAUGCGUAAUGUUCAUCUUAAGGAUCACGACUUCUUUGAUGCUACAACGCUUUUGGAUCGGCUGUGGCAUGCUUUCCAGCACACCUGUACAGACGUUUGCAGUUGCUACAAAUCAGUCAUGGGUAUUGAGCCACCUUUCACUCGUUUCGUCGCAACGACGCCCUCUACAGAUGGUUCUAACAAGACAGCAAUCACAGCUAGUGUCGAUCCUCGAAGGUGCGUGGACUAUAUCUUCUGUUCUGGAUCCAGUCUCCAACCUCGUCAGGUUCUUGUCCCACCCUGCCGAGCCACCCUUAGAUCGACUAACUCCAAUCCAUCCGCAGCUCAUCAUGAGGUUGUUUUUUCGCUGGCCUCAAAAAUUGGAAUAGUUGAAAUGAACCCUGAAUACUCUUCAUCUACGAAUCCGGUAGCGGUAUCGUCGUAG